GAGGUGAAAGGACGUCUUUCUUACAUUCAGACCAAAACAAUUUAUGGGAAUACGGUCGACACUCCAUAUCCAAAGAUCCAACGAAACGUCAACCGAAAAUAGCAGCGAAAAAUUAUUCCAGCAAGCUUGCAAAAGCAACGCUAUUUGCCAAGCACAGUGCACUACGCUGAAUCUACGCAACUGAAGUGACGUGUAGUUUUGGGUGUUGGGGUCCUGGAACCGAUCCCCCGUGGACAAUGAGGGAUGACUGUCAGCUGCUUCUUUGCACCUCCCCUCGAUUAUAGAUCCAUUUUUGCCCGUCUUCCAUGGAACAAAGUCUGCCUAGUGGAGACAUCGAUCAUUGUUUUCCAUCACAAAACUCGUCCUGUAGUGUCGACAUACAAGUUGAAUAUCUAAUAGUAAACGCGAUUAUUUCCAUUUUUUUGUCAGUGGUCACAGUGUUUGGAAACCUGCUGGUCAUCACCUCGAUCUGUGUCUUCAGACAACUCCACAGUCCAGCCAACAUUCUCACCCUCUCUCUGGCUGUCACGGAUCUCUUGGUUGGAGUAAUAAUCAUGCCAACGAACAGUGUGCGAUUGCUAGUGUCUUGUUGGCGUUUUGGGAUAACUAUGUGCUGGUUUUACAAUGUGUUUACUUGGGCUAUUACCACAUCGUCUCUUUGCCAUGUAGUGCUCAUAGCAAUUAACCAAUAUUUUGCUGUGUGUCUCCCCCUACAAUAUAACUGUAAGAUGUCCAUUAAUAGGACUGUGAAAUGUAUAUUUCUCUGUUGGACCAUAUCCUUCUUAUACAACAUACUUUUGACAUACUUUGCCCACUUGGAAGAAGAAGUGCCAAAUGUUUGUGCCGAUGAAUGCAUGGGCUCCUUUGAUAACAAUUUGGUGAUCACGGACAUGAUUAUUACCUUCAUCAUCCCAGGCACCAUUAUUUUCAUAUUGUAUGCACAAAUUUUCAGAGUGGCAUUAAAACAUUUGAUUAAAAUAAAUUCAACAAGGCAGUGCAACAGAGAAAAAAGGGCCUUGAGAAUUCAUGAGAAGAAGGCAACGAAAUCUUUAGGCACCGUGGUAUUUGUUUAUCUGUGUUGCUGGAUACCGCUGUACAUAUCACUUAUGAACGCAGACAAAAUGUCAAAUCCAAACUUGGCUGUAAAAUACAUAAUGUACUUGUUCUAUUUUAAUUCUAGUGUAAAUCCUUUUAUAUAUGCUUUUUUCCACCCGUGGUUUAAAAAGUCUACCAAACUUAUUUUAACUCUUAAAAUAUUGAAACCAUCGUCUGUUGACCUGAAUAUAUUGCCUGGCAGCAAAUAAGAGCAUCCAUAUUUAUAAUUACACCUGAGCAAGAUAUAUGACCAGGGGGAAUGUCAUGCUAGCUUGUUGUUCUCUCUUCUCUGGGGGAAUGGUAGGAGAGUGUGGUCAAAAAGUGAUCCGAGAAACAAGAAGGAAAUUGGAUCUGAAAUAAAUGUCUUGAUUUUUCAGUACGUUGUUAUUUUUUUACAGUUUUGUGUCUUUUGGGUUUUAUGAGUCUCGGCGGAUUGUGUCUAGGUAAACGAGUAGCAGAACGCAAACAUUUCUCCUUGAUGGCAAUCCUACUGCUUUCAUAAUUUAAUAAAUACUCGUAGAAGGAACUCUGAGCUUCAUACAGCACCUGUGUCCUUAGUCUAAUCAUUAUUUCACCUGAAUACGUCACAGUUUUAUAUAAAAGCUAAUUAACUGUAAUUCAUAUUUCACCCUCAACUCUUCUGUAAAAUUUUUACUUGAGUAAAACUUAUUGUUC